CACUCCUCCGCCGCCGUCUGCCGCUGCCGCUGCUGCUCCGCCAGCUGCGCACGCCGAGAUCUGCACCGCCUCCUACUCUGGCGUGCCCGUUUUUGAGAUGAUGUGCAGAGAUGUUGCCUGUAUGAGAAGAGCUGCAGAUUCCUACCUCAAUGCCACCCAGAUUCUCAAGGUAGCCGGGAUUGAGAAGGGCCAAAGAACAAAGUUACUCGGGGAGAUGACCGUCGAACACGAAAAGGUUCAGGGUGGUGCGGGAAAGUUUCAAGGGACCUGGGUUAACUUUGAGGAUGGAAAGAAGCUCGCUCACAAAUUUGGGGUAGAGCAUGUUCUGCGACCCUUGUUUGAAUUUGAUAUCAGCGCUAUCGGCGUCGCAGAAUCGACGCCUACCAAGGAACAACUUCGCAAGAGGCAAAAUCUGCAAAUGAAGAAAGGGAAUGCAGCGCCUACGCCUCUGAAGCGUAGCGACUCGAAUAUUACUUCGGCAUCUCUAGGGUCUCCGGCGCCCAUUACAUUUGGGAGACCACCCUCCGCACCUGUGUACACGAGGUCAUCUACGGAAAAGGCGACUUCCAUCAAGCAUAGCGGCGUUGCAUCGUCUGCUGAACCGUCGGCUCCUCGCCUGAAUGGACAUGGUCCUGACCUCGGGCACCUUUCUCAAGGAGAUCAUGAUCGUGCGCCCAAGCGCCGCAGGACCUCUCCUGUUCAUGAAAACCUCCCAGCAUCUGAUCGUCCGGAAGAAUCUGUGGAGCCCGCACCACUUGCACCGCUUGCACCUGCGAUGGCUCGCCAUUAUGAAAGGUCCAAGGAGCUGCUGACCGGUAUUUUCCUGAACGGUGAUACCAACCAUAUACCUCCUAUCUUAUCCGAGCCGACCUUAGAAGAUCUCGACAUUGAUGUUCCUAUUGACGAGCUCGGUCACACGGCUUUGCACUGGGCAUCCGCAUUGGCUAGGAUGCCCAUUGUGCAAGGUCUCAUUGGGAGGGGAGCAAAUCCCUGUCGAGUCAAUGAUGCUGGUGAAACUGCGUUGAUUCGUGCCGUCCUCGUAACAAAUAACUUGGACCAGGCAACUUUUCCGGUCUUGCUGAAUGUCUUGCAAUCCUCCAUCGGUCUUUCCGAUAUACAGGGACGCAACGUGUUGCAUCAUGUAGCGCUCACCGCCGGUAUCAAAGGUCGCAGUGCCGCGAGCAGGUAUUAUCUGGAAUGCAUCAUGGAAUGGAUUGUUCGCCAGGGCCAGAUAACCAAGUUUGUCAAGGAAGUCGUAUCGGCCAGAGACAAGAAUGGCGACACGCCAUUGAAUAUUGCCGCUCGGAUCGGCAACAAAGGGUUAGUUCAACAACUGCUAGAUGUUGGCGCAGACCCGAACAUUGCGAAUAGAGCUGGGUUGCGCGCUGCGGAUUUCGGAAUUGGGUCCAUGUUGCCUGAUCCGCUGAUCACACCUUGUCUUCCGCCCAUGGUAUCGGCUUUUGUCGCGCAAGAAAGCAAGAGCAUCCGCGAUUCAAUGAUCUCAAUGAUGGACGGACUAGACGGAGAAUUUAAUCGAGAAGUUCACGCGAAACACGCUGAAUGGGAGGCUGUCAAUACACGAUUGCGAGCUGCAACUCGGCAGCUGGCUGAUCUUCGCCGGUGUCUCGAGAACACUCAUGAGCAUGCAAAGCAACUUGUUGACAGUCAACAGCGAUGUCGAAAUUUGGCUCGCGCCGUCGAAGAUCACGAGGAACCUCCUCUUCCAUCCUUGAAUGGGACGUACCAGAGGGACGACAAGCCGAGUCAGCUUAACGGGGGUGUUGUUGCUAUUGACGCCGAUGCGCCGUUUAUAAUCCCUGCGAAUGCCAUGGGUAAUCCUUCGGCACCGUACUUGCCGUCAAAAAGCAUUAUCCGUGCCCGCAUAGCAGCCUACAAACGGAACAGGGAUUAUCUUCUUGCCCAGUCGUCAAUGCUGCAAGGCAGAAGCUCCGUACUGGAGCGGAAGUACAAGCAGGUUAUUGCAUAUAGCACGGGUAUGGAUCUUGAAUCCGUUGAUGCCUUAUUGGAGCAUCUCUUGCAGGCAGUGGAAAGCGACGGGAGAGGUGGUCCGGACCAAGAUGGCUUCAUGAACCGAGUUGCUGGAUUUCUCAAGCAAGUGGAGGGCCAAAAUAGUCCUUGA